GGGGGGGGGGGGGUCCAUUCUAGGCUUGAAUUCAUGACAGACAUGUUAUUGAAUGGACGACUGUACCACAGGACCGUCCAACAAAUAUUUAAACUUUUGUUUGAAACUUUCUAAUAAUUAGCUGUUUUUUUUCCAAUUAACUGGUCUAAAGUCAUGUCUGAAGUCAACUACAAGAACCGAUUCCUGUAGAACCUGGCGUGAAUCGUUUAUCUUCCGGAUUGUCCCCCCGAUAAAGGCAUUUACUUGUUAACUGCGUGUAUGCAGUUAGCAAAUAUUUAAACAGCAUGCGAAGGUUGCACUAGGAAUCAUGUGGUUUUAACAUAGAUGUAUGAUCACAGCGAUCGUAACUCUUCGAAAGUAAUAACAGUUAAUAUCAGUUAUGUGUUUCAGCAAAUCGUAAAUAGCAGUACAAAAUACAUACAUACAAAAGUUAACAGACGUGAAUAACCUAUUUGUUUGAUUGAUUUGUUUUGAUGUAACUUGGCAUUUUACUAUGGAAUUUUACUAUGCUAUCGCGUAGCCGUGGUCAUAUUGGUCCUUUUAACAUCCCAAUAGCAAACGAGUCUAUCCAGCCUUUUUGUCUGUUUCGCAACUAUCCUGUAACUAAAGUAAAUACUUUCGACAAUAACAGCUAAAAAUAUAUAUCCAUGGUGUACCAGAUGAAAGACCCGAUGGAACUUUCGUCGUGUGCCGUAGGCGUGCGUAAACCACGAACAAAGAGCGCCCAAUUGUGCACACCGAGCCACGAUCAUCUUCCCGCCGGCCAACCGCCAGUCUACGGCAGUGCCGGCCCAGUACGACAGCGCAAGCAGCAACAGGAUCCAUCCUCGAUACAGACCACCGAAUUUUCGAACCUAACGCGCGAGGAACGGCGAAGACGGCGGCGGGCCACUCUCAAGUACCGCACGGCGCACGCGACACGCGAACGGAUCCGCGUCGAGGCGUUCAAUGUGGCAUUUUCCGAGCUGAGAAAAUUGCUUCCGACGCUGCCGCCGGACAAGAAGCUGUCCAAAAUAGAGAUACUCAAGCUGGCCAUCUGUUACAUCUCCUAUCUUAAUCAUGUGCUGGACGCUUGAUUUUGCUUUUGUUGAUUUGGUGCUAAGUUGCAAUAAAUAGCUUGUCGAUCUGUAUAAAACAAAUGUAAA